AGAGAUACUCGCCAUCCACACCUACCACACUCAUACCUUAUUAGCAUCAUGGAGAAAGACGCAGAUGGAUUCUACACACCCAAGACAGAUGGCCCUAAGCCUGAAGAAGAGGCAAAGGCAGCAGAAACCCAGCCUGCCGUGGAGCCGGCACCUGCACCAACUUCAGCAACCACGGAUCUCUUUUCCUCCACGUUUGAAGUCACGGUCACACUAGCUGAUCAGCAGUUGGACCCCAAUUCUCCGCUUUAUAGCGCGAAGUCUUUCGAAGAAAUGGGACUUAAUCCGGAUUUGUUGAAAGGGGUUUAUGCUCUUGGAUUCUCGAAACCAUCCAAGAUCCAAGAACGUGCUCUGCCACUGCUUCUUUCUAAUCCUCCACAAAAUAUGAUCGGACAGUCGCAGUCCGGCACGGGGAAGACAGCCGCCUUCGUGCUUACCAUGCUUAGUAGGGUCGACUUCUCGAAGAACAAAACACAAGCUAUCUGUCUUGCUCCCUCGCGAGAACUUGCACGACAAAUUAUGUCGGUUGUGGUAGCGAUGGGCAAGUUCACGUCUGUGCAAACAGAGUACGCCAUCAAAGACAACCUUCCAAAAGACGUCAGCCGGAUAACGGCACAUAUUGUUGUCGGGACACCGGGUACCAUGAUUGAUCUCUUGAGGAGAAAGGUUAUAGACUCCUCAGAAAUCAAAGUUUUUGUUCUGGAUGAGGCAGACAAUAUGCUUGACCAGGACGGACUCAGUGAUCAAACCUUACGCGUGAAGAAUAUGCUACCUCGCCAACCAACCCCCCAAAUUAUACUCUUCUCUGCUACAUUCCCAGAUCACGUCCGAAACUUCGCCGACAAGUUUGCGCCGAAGGCAAAUAAAAUCGAGCUUCAAAAGGAAGAGUUAUCGGUCGAGGGCAUUCGGCAAUUCUUCAUGGACUGCAAAAAUGCAGAACAUAAAUAUGAUAUUUUGGUUUCUCUGUACCAACUUUUGACAAUUGGUCAGAGCAUUAUAUUCUGCCAGCAUCGACACACAGCGGAUAGGAUUGCCCAGCGAAUGACUGCUGAAGGUCACAAAGUGGCUUCACUUCACGGUGCAAAGGACGCUUCUGAGCGCGAUUCUAUCAUCGACAGUUUCCGCGAAGGCCGCGAAAAAGUUCUCAUCACGACGAAUGUCAUCGCACGUGGCAUCGACAUUCUUCAGGUUAACAUGGUCGUGAACUAUGACCUUCCGUUAAUGAACGAACGUGGAGGUCAGCAUUCUAUUGACUCGACGCCCGAUAUCGAGACAUACAUCCACCGUAUCGGUCGUACCGGUCGCUUCGGACGCAAGGGUAUAUCAAUAAAUUUCGUCCACGAUCAAAGAACGUGGCAGCAGAUGGAGGCAAUCGAGAAAGCUCUUGGCAAAAAGAUCGUUCGCAUAGAGACGAAUGAUUUGGAUGAGAUGGAGGAGGCGAUGAAAAAGGCAUUGAAGUGAAGAGUUUCCGUCAGUUUGGUCCAUGGGGAUGUGAGGUUAACUGCAUAUGUUUCUCCUUGAAUAUCACGGAUUAUUUCCAUUCACAAACUACUACACAUGCCUGAGCGAAGGUUUCAGCUUAAUCGUUUCUGAACAUCUGGCCACUUAAUCCUGGAGAACUCUCGAUACUUGGAAUGAUAUGUUCAACUCCGAAUUCCCAAGAGGACUCUGGAUUGACGGGUGAUAAAUUUAACUCCUCUUUACUCAGAAGCAGUGGCAGCGGACUGCGAAACCAUUCAUUGAC